AUGUCCCAACUUAUUCCAUCUUCUUUCAAGGGACAUUCCGUAUCACUCCAGACUCUCUCAGAUCUUCAUCUCGAAAUAAAUCAGCAAUAUGCCUCAUUUGAAGUGCCUGUCUCAUCCAAAUACCUCAUUUUAGCUGGUGAUAUUGGCAGUUUACAUGACUAUAGUGGAUAUCUUGGUUUCCUCGAAAAACGGACCAAUAACUUCCAGAAGGUAUUCCUCGUGCUCGGGAAUCAUGAGUUCUACAAUGAAAACUUUGAAUCGGGACUUGAGAAAGCACGACAACUAGAGCAAGAACCAUGUCUUAAUGGUCGAUUACUUUUGCUUCAUCAACGACGAUACAAUAUUCCAGAUACCCGUGUGAUUAUUCUCGGCUGUACGCUGUGGUCUGACAUUCCACCGAACGUAGGAGAAAUUGUCCAAUCCAAAGUACAAGAUUUCAAGAAAAUCGAGGACUGGACAGUUGAUCAGCAUAAUAGUGCUCACCAGUCCGAUCUAACGUGGCUAAGACAUGAAGUGGAAGCAAUUCAUCAGGAGAAUAAAAAUACUAAGAGAGAUCUACCCUCUAUUGUCGUUGUGACGCAUCAUGCGCCAUCUCUCCACGGAACUUCAAGUCCCCAACAUGCCCAAAGUCCUUGGUCUGUUGCAUUUGGAACGGAUAUCUUAUCUGAGAAAUGGGAUGGAGUUAAAGUGUGGGUGUUUGGCCAUACACACUAUACAACCGAGUUCAAGGAAAGGGGCAUACGGGUUCUGAGUAACCAGAGGGGCUAUGUGCUUCCUUGGAAAGACACUAAGACCGAUUUUGACGUGAAAAAGGUGAUCUGGGUGUGA